UAUAUUUUUAAAAAUGUACAAAAGAAUGCAAAAUGAAUAAUAUGGAAGCGACUUUUGUUAUAAUAGGCGGAGGCAUUUCCGGAGUAUCUUGCGCAGAAAGCAUUGCAUUUCUUGCGCCCAAAGAAAGCGUAAUCCUAAUAACGGCAAGUCCAUUGAUUAAAUCUAUAACCAACGUUCUGCCAUUUGGACAGACAUUAACUCAAUUUGAUGUAGAAGAGUGCGUAACAGAGUCGUUAAAUAGCACCCAUCCAACAGUAACUGUUAUCAAAGAUGUUGUGGUAAGAGUCGAGAAGAAGAAGAAUAGUGUCAUUACGGAAAAAGGAAAAGUUAUAAUUUAUAAAAAAUUAUGUAUUUGCACGGGGGCGCGGUCGAAAUUAAUUUUUGAUAAUAGCAAGAUUAUAGGAAUUCGGGAUACCGAAUCGUUGGAGAAUUUCUUGGAAAAAUUAAGAUCGGCAAAAAAAAUUAUCGUUAUUGGAAAUGGGGGAAUAGCGAUUGAACUGGUUCAUGAAAUAAAUGGCGUCGAUAUCGUCUGGGUAAUUAAAGAUAAACAUAUAUCGGCAACAUUCGUUGAUCCUGGUGCAGCAGAAUUUUUUCAAGAAAAACUGUCGAAAACUAAUUUAGAUGUUAAUAAUCAAAUUACCAAACGAAUUAAAUAUACAGUAUCGAAGGACGAAUCAAAAGUAGGAGGAUCGGCACUUGGUCCAGAUUGGCGUAAUAAUAUUGAGCUUAAUGUUAAUGUCAGUAGAUUCGAACAAACUUCUGUGCAAGUCGAGUAUGAGUGCGAAGUACUCAAGUUAAUCGAUCCUUCGGAAAUACCCUCGGAUAAUGAUAGAGAAAAAUGGCCAAUUUAUGCCCAGCUGAGUAAUGGAAAAAUCAUUGGAUGUGAUUUUAUUGUUUCGGCAACUGGAGUAACACCAAACAGUAAUAUACCAGGACUGGAGUCCGUGAAAAGAGCCAAGGACGGUGGCUACGUUGUUGAUUCGAACAUGGAAACUUCUGAGAAAAAUAUUUAUGCGGCUGGUGACGUAUGUACGGUGGGAUGGGAAAUUGCUUUCCAUUGGUUUCAAAUGAGACUUUGGACGCAAGCUUUUCAAAUGGGUCGUUACGCCGCGAAAGCCAUGGUUUCCAUGUUCAAGGGAGAAGACUUUUUUCAAGAUUUUUGCUUCGAACUCUUUACACACGUUACAAAAUUUUUCGGCUACAAAGUUAUAUUGCUCGGUUUAUUCAAUGGACAGAAAUUAGAUAACGAAUACGAAAUCUUACUGAGAGUAACAAAAGGACGCGAGUAUGUCAAAUUAAUUCUUAAAAAUGGAAAAAUGCAAGGCGCGGUUCUCAUUGGUGAAACGGACUUGGAGGAAGUGUGUGAAAACUUAAUACUGAAUCAAUUAGACUUAAGUGCAUAUGGUGAAGAUUUCUUAAAUCCAGACAUUGAUAUAGAAGAUUAUUUCGAUUGAAUCUACUUUAUACUGCGUGAUAUUCUGCUAGAAUUAUUAUU